GGUGCGUUUGUUUGUGUGCCGGCGCGUCCCGGCGGUGUAACCGGAGAGGGGCCUCGCUGAGAGGGAAUGCAGGACUGCAAUGGAGCACAAUGCAAUACAGGGCCCUGUGUCCACACAAGAGUGUCUUCAGUCAGAGGCUUCUUCAGUUUCGCUGCAACACUGACCGCUACUGGAGAUCCUUCCUGCCAACAGCCAUUUGGGUCGGUGCUCCCUCCUGCCAGCGAGGAAGCUACGCCUUCUACAAGUCUGUGAGUAGCAGAGCUCACCCGGACGGACCGACCCAGGUCUGGAAGCUCGGGGAGUUCUACUUCAUCCGAUGUGGACCACAGGAUCCCGUGUGCAUCGCCGAGGUGACUCUAUUAUGGGAAGAUCAGACACGGCACCACCUGCUGGCUAGCGCCAGACUCUACUUCCUGCCUGAGGACACGCCAAAGGGCCGGACCAGAGAACACGGAGAGGAUGAAGUUCUGGCUGUGUCCAGGAAGAUGGUGGUGCGGGUGGAGGACCUGGUCCGAUGGUCCUGCUCAGAACCAGUGGGCUGGAGCAGCAGCCCGAAGCCUCCGCUCAGCGACACCAACGGGCUGCACAAGUCUCUUGAGAUCAGUGACUGCACCGAAAACUCAACCGACACCAGCAGCCAGCUCCUGACAGUCAAAACUGAGGACGACUCGGAGCAGCAGCAGGGCAUCAAAGUGCUGAGCUACCCACAUUACUGCCGCUUCCGCUCGCUGCAGAGGCGGAUCCAGGUGGGGGCGAGGGGCCCGGAGCUGCAGGACCCCCACCUGCUGGCCCUCGGGGGGAUCAGGGUGCUGCCUAACGCCCGGGUCCUGUACUGCAGGGACACCUUCAACCACCCGACGCUGGAGAACAGCGCCUGCUUCUCCUGGCAGUUCAGAUGUCCGUCUCUCAGUCUUCGAGGACGGCCUCGCAAACGGAGGGGCCGUGAUGGCAGAGAUCCCCAGACUUCCAGCCCAUCAGAGUCCUGGAUCGAAAGGAUGAAGGAGAACGUGAUGGGCAGCGUAGAGGUCGGCUAUGAGGGCAGCUGGCUGCCUCAUCCUGAAGAGCAGCUGUUCCUGGAUCAGCUGUUUGCCUUCAUGGAGCGCCACGGAGCGCCCAUCCAUAAAGUUCCCAACCUGGGCUUCAAGAAGAUCGACCUCUUCCUCAUGUUCUCAGUGGUCAAACGGCUCGGAGGCUACAAGAAGGUGACGAUGGAGCGUCUGUGGAAGGUGGUUUAUAACGAGCUGGGAGGAUGUCCGGGCAGCACCAGCGCGGCCACCUGCACCAGAAGACACUAUGAGAGGUUGAUCCUUCCUUAUGAAGAGCACCUCCAAGAAGGAGGAACAGAGUUUAAAAUUCCAGAGUUGCCCAUUCUCCCCAAACCCCGAGGAAUACGAGGACGGAAACCCAAUCCCAGAGGCAGGAAGCCUGGUCCUAAACCCAAAGAGAAGACAUUUGUCUCUCCUGCUCUCCCUUCUCCGACUAUUAUGAGCCCAAAUGGCACCAUGGUGGUGAAAAGAGGCAGAGGACGGCCUCCAGGGACUCGAAACAAGUCCACACUGAUGGCUCAGGCCAAGCUUCUGGCUCAGCAGCAGGCUAAAGCUAAAGCAGGACCAGAGUCGCUACAGAUCAACCCGACAGCCAGCAGCACACACCGGCCCAUCCAGCCGGCCAUCCUGCCCUUCACGCUGCCCCUUACCCCUGACCUCUCCCCCAUGUCUCCCCCCAUAUUCCCCUUUCAGUCCAAAUCCACAGAGUCGCAGCCGGACCGAGGAGAGUCGGCGGCUCCGUCAGGCGUUCUCCUAUCUGCUCUGCCGCAUUUUGUCGGCUUCAGUCCCAUCAAAGGUGUUUGUCCUCUGGACAUCUUCAGGAAUCACAUAAGGUUCCAGAGGGCCCCGGACAGCCCGGCUCUGACCCCCCAGGACUCAACGCAGCAUCAUCCAACCAUCUACACCUUCCAGCCCAAAGCCACAAGCCCAGAUACUCCUCAUCCCGUGGGUGACCAGCAGCAGACUCAGCCCCACCCACUCCACCAGCACCACAACCGCUGCUCGGGGUGUAACAUUGAGGACGGGGGCCAGAGGGGGGCCAACCGGGACCCCAGGAGCCGGCCUCCCCUGCCCCCUCUUCGAGUCUUGCCCCUGAACCUGGACUGCAGCGUUCAGGUGUGCCAGCUGAUGAAAACUCGCCAUCUGGACUCGUCCCAGCUGCAGACCUUCACCCGCCGGCUCUCUGAGGCUCUCUCCCACGACCUCAGCACCAAGCCCCCCUGCUCCCCUAUAACUCCACCCCCUGAGCAGGCGCUGCCCCUCAACCUCAGCAAACGCUUCGCGCCCAAAAGAACCACAGCUGAAGGACCAGAACCCAGCCAACAGGCUUUGAAUGGAAACACGGACCCGCCUUUGUCCAAGAAAUCCAGACCGGGCUUCCUGGAACAGGCGCAGGACUUCAGCCUGGGGGGGCGGUCCAGCUCUGGAGGAAGUCCAGGAAGUCCAAACAUGGAUCUGAAGAGCCAGGAGGAACCCGCAGACCUGAGUUCUCCCAGCAGGAUCCGGGCCUUCCUGCUCGGUCUGCCACCAUUCCAGGUGAAACUGGAGGAGGAUCUGAACGGAACCAGGUUCGAAAAUUUUCCCCCUGAGGGACAGGGAGUUGUGAAAGUGAAGGACGAGGAGGACGCAAAGGAGCAAAUGGAAAGUGUCAAACUACAGAAGUCUGAGAAGGAGAAAGAUCCCACUCUGUGUUCUGUUCCCGGUCCCGCUGAACUAAAAGGAGCCGGGCCCUCUUAACGCCGACACACACUGUUUUUAGCAUCCACGUGUUCAUGCUAACCAUCUGACAGCUGUUAGCGGGACGUGGGACGAGUCCACCGCGGUGUUCUGUGUUGGUCAAACCUGCAAAUGGAGCGGAGGUGCUUCCUGUCUUCAGCUUUCAGAACUCCCUCUUUUAUCUGGUGUCAUUUCCAGAUUUUACGGACGCAGCCACUCAUGACAAUCACAGAUCAACUUCUCGUCCUUCGUUUUUUCCUCGUUGAGGUGGAAACUGGGUCAGUGCCACGACCCUCCAUAACACUAUUAACUUCAUUCUUCAGUAUUCCAGUGAAAUGUUGAAGAAGCUCCGUGGUAGAAUAAAAUAAUCACAUGUAUGGGUGAUGCUAUGCAUCGGGACAUCAUUACAAGCAUCCAGAGCAUACUGUAGUCAGCUAGUUUCAUUUUUAAAUUGUCCUCUACGUCUGUAGAGAUAUAGUUAUUUUCUGAUAAAGUGUUUAAAUGUAAUCUAGGGCUCUAAAUGAAAAAGCUCCGUCUUCACGUUAUAGCUUGUUAAGUGAAGGCUUUCUAGUAGUCCUGCUUUUAGCUGAAUAGAAGAAAGUUUUCUAACACACGUGUGCCUUAACGGGCCGGCGACCCGCCUCACCGCCGCCUCCAGAAACAUCCACUCAAAGGGAUACCUCGAUGUUCUCCGUCGACUGCUCACUUUGAUCUCUGAUCAAAGGGGGAUCUGAUCAGACGUGCAGUUAGGCUCUCCUCUUCUUCCUGGCUUUGGUCUGUAUUCAUGUCUCACCUUCAUCACCGCUGUUCAGCGUACAUCUUAUGUGUAGCCCAGUCAAAACUACCUCAGGUUCUUGUUUUCCCCCACUAAACGGUCAGUUUCCGCGGGUGUGAGACUUUUCUAGCAGUCAUUUGGUAGAACAUAGGCAUCAACUGAUCCGCGAAAUUACGUCAUGAUUCAUAAUUCUUGUGGUUUUCACACUGAGGUGCAGUUUGACUGAUGAAGGAGAACCCACCGUUUUAGUUUUCUGCCCCGUUUCGCUAACCGCUAAAGGCAGAAUCCUACGUCCACGAUAUCGACCUGGACCGUGUCACUGGGCAGCCCUGGGUUCUCGCUGUUAGGAGAAAAAAUGAUCAGGACGCUAAAUUUCUCUGGAUAGUGUCCGAAUUAGUCUCGAAUUCGUCUCGAUUUAGUGUUCAAAAAGAGCGUUAAAGUGAGAGAAAUAAAUUGUAAAUAGUUUUUGAAUCAUUUUAAGAUUUGCUAAAAAGAGAAGCAGUACGACUCUAAACCAAGAAAAGACGAAAAAUUACAAGGAUUUUGCACAAAAUUUAGUUUUGAUAACUAAAACAUCUUCAGUUCAUUUAUUUUCUGUUUAGUGCAUUUUGUCACAGCCUUAACUUGCAGUCCAGUUAGAUUUCAACUCAUUUGCCUCAAAAAAGUCCACAGCAAAUUUUGUUUCUGAACUGAUAGAAAAUGUUCGUAUGACCAAUUAUAUCUGGAAGUUUACUAUUUUUAACCUUUCCGCGUCCACCACAGAGGGUGUUGCUGUUUCGUCUCCUUCCUAGUCCUAAGUCCCGUGGUUUAAAACAUCCAGGUAUCCCUUUAAAACGCAGCUUUUCCUGUUUGAUGCCACAGAUGUUUGUUUCAGAUUUGCACACCUACUGUACCUUUUGCUUUUCAUGCUCGAAGCCACCAUGUUUGAUCCUCCAGCUGCCAAAAUGUUGAUGAUUUUAAUUUUACCCAAACGUUGAAAUCAAACGAACUCCAAACCUAAAAGGUGCCAUUUAUCGUUGACUGUGUAGCUUAUGGCCAUAUUUGUUUUGGCUCAGUGAAGCCAAAACGCUCGUCGUAGUCGAUGAAUCAGUGAUGGAAAAUGUUGAGUGGAGAGAAAAUAUUUUAAAACUUUUUUCAGUUUUUUUCUGAUUUGACUGUUAAUUUGGGAAUGAAUGCAUGAGUGGAGAUGAUCACCCGGUUUAUGGGCAGGCACACCAAAGUGCUUCGCCCGAUUAGUCCAUUAAUCCUCUGUUGUUGAAAGUAUUUUAAAACUCCGGGUUUAGCUUUAACAUUUGUUUUUGCGUCACUUGAAGAUAGAAAAUGACAGAUACUAGUUAUGUUUUCUUCAGUGCAGUAACAGGGUAACUACUGUAUGUAACUACGGGCUGGCUCGGCUUCCUCUCCUCGGUGAAUCUGUAUUUAUUGUCGCCGAGGUGUUUAAAAGAGUGAGUCCGACUUGUGCAGUAAAAGUCCCGGCAUGCUUUAAAGGAACAAGUUUGCACACUUCAAAGAAUUUCACAAAUUUGUAAUUGCAGGAGUAGUUCUGUUAAAUGUUAACAAAAUGGGGAAGAGGGAUGAACUCGAAUAACUACAAUUGUACCACUAAUGUUGAAAUACAUCUGCGUAAAAGUAGCAUUAAGUUCAUAUGAUCACAAAACCACACAAUAAUUUUAUUUGCAAAAGAUUGAGCUGGCUGAUAAACCACUUAAAGCCUCAAGACAGCUGUUGGAAUGUUCGUUAGCCGGACGUUCUAACAUCAAGUGUUUUGAUUAUGACUAAAUAAUUUUUUAUGUAAUUUAUGAUUUAAUCUCAUUUCUGCUCAUUCUGGAUAUUUUUAAUCCUUCAGUUAUAACUUGUUUUGGCUCUGCGAGUAAUAUUAAUUUAGUUUAUAACUUUAGCAACCUCCGUUAGCUUGCAGAGCUAAUAAAUGUUUCAAUAUACAAGUGUGCUGUAAACAAAUUUAGGGAGCAGUCGCCUUGUAUUCUGGAUUAUUUUAUGUAGUUGGCUGUAUUGUUUUGUUUUUGGAAGUGACAUUUAUUCAGGUUACGGCCGUUCAGAUGUUCGUUAGCUGGUCAUGCUAACGUGCAAGGUUUUAAUCAUCCUUGGGAACAAUUGCUCCAUUUGUAAAUGCAUUAUUUUGUUUUAGUUAUGAAGCAGAAGACGUUUGGCUUCUGUAGUAACAUUUGUUUAAUUUGCAGUUAGCCAUUUGUUAGCGAGAUGCUAACAUGAAAGCUUCUGAUCAGGUUGUUCUGAAUUGAAGGGUACAGUUAGCUCAUGUAAUUUUUAUUUGAUCUUUAGAAAACCUUUAUCUAAAUCUUUAAGCAGUGCUCAGUGCAAAUAUUUGAUAUGGUAGGAUCUCGGUUCUUAUUUUAUAAAAAACUUUGAUCGUCUUAAUUGUCCGAUUUUAGUUCUAGUUUGUUUUAAACAAAGAUUUCUGAUUCACGGUCACAUGCUGACUAAAUGGCUGCUAGCAGCUUCCACACCAAGUGGAACAUUUUUAUUUCCAUUUAUUCAAUUUUAUUUUUAACGUAAAUAGUUGAGUCUGACUCCCUUUAAAGCUGUUCUUCAAGUGUGCAAACUGGUUCCUCUGAGGUCCAUCUGGGCCUUAGCACUCACACUGGGAGCUUCCCAGUCAAACCACCACUCCACUGGACCAGUUUUGUUCACUUAUCACAUGCAAAUUGGCAUCAGUUUCUUGGUUUUAUUUGCAUAUAAUGAUGUAAUGCCUUUUAGCAAUUGAAAGGCAAGCUUAUGUUUUUUGUUUGUUAAACCAGUAAAACCAGUAUGAUUUCUUUUCUUUUAUUUAAGCUUUGUUUAAGGUUUUUUUAGGUGAUUUUUUUAAUAUAAAAUUUUAUCAUGUUUACAUUUUAUGCAUGUUAAGCAGAUCUCCUAUAUACAGUGUUUUGCACACUACUCCAGCAUCGGUCUCGAACCAUCAGCACGGCCCAUUAAUGUAAUUAAUAAGUGCCUGAUUCUUACGAUUGGACUUGAUGUUUGUAAGCAGAUAAGAGAAAUUAGCUUGUUAGCCUUCAUGCCAUCGACCUGAACAACGGCCCUGUUGUAGGUUUUGUUGUCCGUGUUAUCUUUUUUUUGUUUGUUUGUUUGGGGGGGGGGGGGGGCAGUUUGACAUUGACUCAGCUCUGUUUGUUGGAGCAAAAUGGACCUAAAUAACUUAAUAAAAGGGACACUGAUGGUCUGUUGGACAUUUAUGAUGGUGAAUGAUCAAAUUAAAGGUGCUACAUGUGA